AUGGCGCCUCUCACCAACGAGCCGGACGCGAUACGCGUCGUGCUGAACAUGGCGCGACGCAAGGCAUACUACAGCCUGGUAUCCGACAUCAUCGCCUACAUGCGGUCACAGCUAGAACCGCAUCAUCAUCACAGCCCCGAGAGCACACCGCCCUCAUCAUCAUCAUCAUCUACACACAAACAGAACCCGCCGCCGCCGUAUUCCGAGUCAGCAGACGCGCCGCUCUUCGCGUCCCGCACCAACAGCAGCAACAACAACCGUCCUCAGCGCCAAAGCUACGAUCUACAACAGAGCGAAAGCCCUCACAGCAGCCAUGAGGUCUCGCCGCCACAGCCGCCACGUCCGGCUCAGCGACAUGCGCCGACCAGCCCGGCGCUCGUCCGCCUGCGUAAGGCGGCGCUCGCGCACUUCGAUGCGUGGCGCGCCGCCACGAUGGGCAAGCUUAAGGAGGUAGUCGCCAAGAACGACGACCAGACGGUCGUCGAGGCGCGGCGGAAGCGGGCUGAGGCGCUCAAGGCGCGGGCAAGGGAUGUGCCGGGUGAGGGGGAGGACUUGCUCAGUUUUGGGGAGAGUAGCAACAGUAUCAACAGCAACACCCCUAGCACUACUAACACCUCCUCCGCCUCAUCGUCAGGGACACGCUCCCGCGCGGAGGACGACGACAAAGCCAGAACAACAGCCUUCCAAGCGCUCUACCACCAGAUCCCAACGCGACUAACCACAAUCCCGCUCGCGGACCGCAAGGAGGUGCUCAGCGCGACGCUGAUCCUAUUACUGUCCUUCGGGAACUACUCAGCGCACUCGCGCACUUUAAUCUGCCACCUCGGCUCCGCGCUAGAGAUCCCGCCCACGUUCCUGGACGCCGAGGAAACAGAAAUCGCGACGACGAUGGUGGGUGCGGCGCAAAAGGCCGACGCCGACAUGAAGAAGCAGAACGGCAUGUCCGCCGAGACCGAAGCCCAAAAGCGCCGGGAGCAAGGCCAAACCGGCCGCUUCUGGAAGGUCGGCCUCGCGUCCGUGGCAGGCGCCGCGCUCAUCGGCGUGACGGGCGGCCUGGCAGCGCCGGCGGUCGCGGGCGUCAUCGGCGGGCUGAUGGGAUCGGUCGGGCUCGGCGGCCUCGCGAGCUUCCUGGGAAUCUUCUGGAUGAACGGCGCGCUGGUGGGGGCGCUGUUCGGCGCUUUUGGGGGCAAGAUGACGGGCGAGGCCGUCGACCGGUAUGCCCGCGAGGUCGAGGAUUUUCGGUUCCUGCCGCUGAAGGCGGAGUGGGGUGAGGGCAAUGGGAGUGGGUGGUCGCGCGACGGCCCCGAGGCGAGGAGGUUGAGAAUCACGAUCGGGAUUAAUGGAUGGUUAGAAGAGGAAGCCGACGUCAGUCGGCCGUGGCGCGUCCUGGGCGACGAGACCGAGGUCUUCGCGCUGCGCUACGAGAUGGGCAGCCUCAUGGCGCUGGGUCGGCGGCUGAGGGAGCUGGUCGCGUCGAAGGCGUGGGGAGCGGUGCGCGCCGAGAUCUUGCGACGGACGGUGCUGGUUUCGCUGCAGGGCGCGCUGUGGCCGCUGUUCUUGCUCAACUCGGCCGCUGGCAUUGAUAACCCUUUUAGCUUGGCAAGGAAUAGGUCCGAGAAGGCGGGCCGCAUCCUGGCGGAUGCGCUGAUUAAUCGUGUUCAGGGGGAGCGGCCUGUCACGCUCGUGGGCUACUCGCUCGGUGCGCGCGUCGUGUACGCGUGUCUGCGCGAGCUGGCGGAGCGUAAAGCCUUUGGGCUUGUUGAUACGGCGGUGCUGGUCGGCGCGCCCGUGCCGUCGAACGCGGGCCACUGGCAGAUGAUGCGGGCCGUCGUCGCCGGAAGGCUGGUUAAUGUGUACAGCGAGAACGACUACAUCCUGGCGUUCCUGUACCGCAGCACGAGCCUGCAGCUGGGCAUCGCGGGGCUGCAGCCCAUCGACGCCGAAGUGAACGGCGUCGAGAACCUGGAUUUGAGUGCUGAGGUCCAGGGCCAUCUGAGGUAUCCGGAGCUGCUGUCUCAGAUCUUGAGCCGGUGUGGGUUUCCCGGUCUGCGAGGGGGCGCGGAGGUCAUUGAGAGGGAGGUAGAGGCGCUGCGUGAGAUUCAGCUGCGGGAUAGCGAUUUUGCGGAGAUGGGCAAUCUGAUUGAUGUGGAGGAGCCGGUGCGGGCGUCGCGGGAUGGGCUAGAGGUUAUGGGGAAUAAGAAGUUUGAUCCGACGGUUAAGGACCUGAAGGAGCUGAAGAGUGAGGCCAUCGUCAGGACUGCGAGGCGCAUGGGGCCAGAGAAGGAAGACGCGGAUGCUCCUUCUGCGGGUAUUCCGUCUUCUGCAAUAACGAAGCCCGUUACUUCGUCCAUGACGAAUCUACACGAGAGUCUGCCGCCUCUCCAGACGCGCUUCGGUGAUGCCGAGAGGUCGGCCAGCACGAGUCACAUUCCUCAGGAUCUGUCGUCUAGCUACUCGGGGGUGGGCAGGGAUGAUGAUUACGACUACGAUGACGAUGCUGAUGAAUACGGCGGCAGUAUCGAGAUGAUGGAUAAUGAUGGCGAUGGCGACCUUACUACUGUUGAGCCUCUCCGGAUAGACGAUUGA